CGGAAUCCCCUGCUCCUCUACAGCCUUGGAGUGAGGGACAGAAAGAGAGAGAGAGAAGGUGUUGAACAGAAUCAGAACCGGAUCACAGAAGUCGAGACCGCUUUAGUCCAUUAAGGGAAAGACAGAAGAGAGAGAGAGAGAAAGAUUGGUAUUUGUCCUGUCUGUCUCACAGCGGGGAACAGCGGUUUACUGUUACGCCAGCAGGAACGUGGACACAACUGCACAGAAUGUCUAAACAGCCGUCGUCCAAUGUAAAAGCCCUGCAGGCCAACCUUAAUAUUCCAAUGGGGGCUCUGCGUCCUGGGGCGGGACAUCCUGUGAAGAGGAGAGAAGAUACAGUAGAUGCAGAGGAGUCGUCCCCGGUGACUCCAGAGGAGAAAAAGGCCCUGCCUGGUGCUGUGAAAUUACCGGGCCCCGCCGUCAACCUUUCUGAGCUCCAGAACGUAAAGAGUGAACUCAGAUGGGUCACCAAGGACUAAACAACACAGGUGACUCCGCCCCCAUUUUAUCCAAGGCUUUGGUUACUAUAUCCAUCCAAUCAGGUUCAUGUAUUUACCACAACUCCCAGAGAAUCGGUCGCAAAGGAAUCAACGACAAGCCUUAAUGAUGACACUACCUACUGACCCGAGAAUAAUUGAGGGGGUGGAUUCUAUGAGAGCAAAGACUGAUGGGAAUUGAGCAACUCGAAGCUCUGAACCAGGGUUUAGUCUGUCUAAAAUAGGUCACCACUUUUUAAACCUCCCUGUAUGCUACUCUGUAUUUUGUUUUAAAAUGUACUGUGUGUUUAACUUAAAGGGAUAGUUCACCCAAAAAUGCAUAUUCUGUCAUCAUUUACUCACCCUCACGAGUAAACUAUCCCUUUAAAGUUUGAUUUUAUAGAAGUUCUGUAUUCUCCAGCUACCAUCAAUGAAUCAUAAAACAGAAUAUAUGAGACUGAAGACAUUAGCUAGUAUGAUUCAUCUUAAAAUUCCUCCAUUCUCCUUUAAAAAAAAGCCAGAUUGUGUCUUAAAACAACUCGAACAAAUGUGACACCAUAAAAUCAAUUUUCUUUUAAUGUAUUUUACGUCUAGAAGAUUAAUAUGCAAAUAAUUGCUAUAAAUUUGAUUAAUUAGUCAGAAUGUCAUGCAUUUAAUUUGAUUAAGUUUCCUCCGAUUGACAGCCCUACUUAAAACACCUCAUGCUACAGGCUUGUUUUCACUCCCUACACAUCUCUUUCUUUAUCUAUGGCUUUUGUUCUUGUGUGUUGCAGUACAUGAGUAGGCUGUUGCAUAAUAAAACACGAUUUCACGUUCUCUCCAAGAGCAAACCCGUAGGAGGAAGCCAGCACUUGUUAUCCUUGAACAAAUAGAACUGGAUUUCAAAUGCCGCACCAUCGGUUUGUUAUGUACAUAAACUGGGAUCAGUUUAACGGUGUAAAGCUGCUUGUCUCCUCACUUGUAAAUCACAUCUUAUAUGUCUGUACUGCUCUAUGAUCUAGUUUACUAGUAGCAGAUGUCAUGACCUUUGAGUGAAAGUGUCCUUAUUAAAGAUCAUGUAUUGCUCCUUA